AUGUCCAGUCCUCGGUAUUCUGCAGUUCACCUUCCGCAUAUCGACAUCUCCGAGCCAUCAAACCGCGAUGCGUGCUACCUUGCAUUAUUAGACGGAUGCUCCGUUCGAGUAGAUAUACCUGAUGGUGUCAAAGUUUGGAGCGACCCACCUAAUGCUACGUGUGAUAUCUGUUUCAUUCACGGUCUGACGGGCGAUCGAGAGAAGACCUGGACCGCCAAGGGCCAAUCCACGCCCUGGCCGAAAACACUGCUUCCACAGAAGCUACAACAAGCUCGCAUUCUGACAUACGGCUACGAUGCAUACGUGGUGUCCAAAUCAACCGCCUCGUCCAAUCGGUUGUCGGAUCACGCCGCAAAUCUCCUAGCCGAUUUAACAACGGACCGACAAUGCUGUAAUGCAUCUUCCCGCCCACUCAUUUUUGUUGCACAUAGCCUUGGUGGGCUGGUCUGCAAGCAGGCUAUCCUAAUGUCGCGAAAUAACCCUGAUACACACUUUCAGGAUAUAUUUGAUGCUCUCAAAGGUGUGAUAUUCAUGGGAACACCCCACAAGGGAGCUUGGAUGGCGAACUGGGCCAAGAUCCCUGCCGCUGCGUUGGGUUUCGUCAAGUCUACCAACGUCAAGUUGCUAGAUGUCCUCGAGAGGGACAACGAGCUCGUCCAGUCAAUUCAGAGUCAAUUUAUGGCGAUGAUUCGCCAAGUACGGGAUGAUAAACCGGGCCUUGGGAUCACCUGCUUCUUUGAAGAGCUUCCCACCGACAAGAUUGGAGCACUUAUCGUCUCAAGAGAAUCUGCUACUUUUGAUGGUUAUCUGUCCCGAAGUAUUCACGCUGAUCACCGAAACAUGGUCAAAUUUGCAACGGCGGAAGAUAAUGGUUUCAAGAGGGUGUUCGGGGAACUUAGCAGAUGGGUAUCGGAAGUUGAUAAAAAAAGAAAGCAAUACACAAUAAAUCCCAAGGACAGAGCCUGUCUACGGGAUCUAUACACGACAGAUCCUCGUAUCGAGAAGAGACGUAUCGAAAGGGUCAAGGGCAGACUACUUGAGAAUUCCUAUCGCUGGAUUUUUGAAAAUGAUGACUUCAAAAAAUGGCGCUAUGAGCAACGAAGUCAGCUGCUCUGGAUCAAAGGGGAUCCCGGAAAGGGCAAAACUAUGCUUUUGUGUGGAAUCGUCAACGAGCUGAAGUCAUUAUCUAAAGCUUAUGUCGUCUUCUUUUUCUGUCAGGCCACGGAUGCACGAAUAAACCACGCGACCGCAGUCCUUCGCGGCCUGAUCUAUAUGCUAGUUGACGAGCAGCCUAACCUCAUCUCCCAUGUACGAAGGCAGCACGACAAGACUGGGAAACAAGGGUAUGAAGAUGCUAAUGCAUGGGAAACUUUGUCAAACAUCUUCAGUGAUAUCCUCGAGGAUCCAGACCUACAGAGCACUUGUGUGAUCAUUGAUGCUCUCGAUGAAUGUAUAAAGGAUCGGGACCUUCUUCUUGACCUUGUCGCCCAGAAAUCUUCAGUGUGCACACGUGUCAAAUGGCUUGUCUCAAGUCGUAGCUUGCCAGACAUAGAAGAGACUCUUGAGCUUGCGACCCAAAAAGCAAUGCUAUCGCUGGAGUUGAACGAAAAGUCCGUGUCCGAGGCCGUAACCAACUUUAUUCGACACAAAGUUUGGGAAUUGACGAAACAAAAGAAGUAUACAGUUGAAACAAGCGAUGCUGUUUCCCAACACCUAUUUUCAAACGCACAUGGUACCUUCCUCUGGGUGGCCUUGGUCUGCCAGGAACUUGCUAAGGCAGCACGAUGGAAGGGGAACGCUCGUUCGCUGCUGAUUGCAUUUCCACCGGGCCUCGAAUCCCUUUACACUCAGAUGAUUAAGCGAAUUCACGAUCACGAUCCAGCAGAUGCAGAGCUUUGCAAACGAAUUCUAGGUGUCGUUCUACUUGUAUAUCGACCUAUCACGCUAGACGAGUUACUCGCUUUGGUCGAUAUUCCCGAAGCUAUCACCACUGACGAACAAUAUUCAGCCGAAAUUGUGGGGGCAUGUGGCUCAUUUCUUACAAUCCGAGAAGGUGUUAUUUUCUUUGUGCAUCAAUCUGCAAAAGACUUUCUCCUCCAGUCGGCAUCAAAGGAGAUAUUCCCGCGAGGGAUUCAAGCCGAGCAUCAUACAAUUUUCUUUCGCUCUUUGCAAUCUUUCAAGACACUACGGCGUGAUAUAUAUGUCCUCAAAUCACCCGGGUUUCCCAUCGAUCAAGUCAGACAACCUGAUCCAGAUCCAUUGGCAGCCGUUCGGUACUCAUGUAUCUACUGGGUUGAUCACCUCCAAGAUGGCUAUGUGCGCGGCAAUGCGAUUGAUGAUCUCCGGAAAGGUGGGCCAGUUGAGGACUUCCUGAAAGAACUAUAUCUUUUCUGGCUCGAAGCCAUUAGUCUCAUGAGACAUAUCUCAGAAGGGAUAACCGUUAUGGUCAAGCUUGACAGGUUUCUCCGUAAAUUGAACAACAUAAAAAAGCUUGCAGAGCUAGUCCGAGAUGCUUGUCGAUUCAUCCAGUACCACAGGCUAGCAAUCGAGUGCAGCCCCCUACAAGUCUACACCUCAUCGCUCAUCUUCACCCCUGCCCGGAGUAUGAUCAAAUCUUGUUAUCAGUCGGUGAUACCAUAUUGGGUUCUACGGGAGCCAGUGAUGGAGGAUGAUUGGAGUCCAUGCCUUCAGAUCCUCGAAGGGCAUAGCGAGAAAGUCAGAUCCAUUGCGUGGUCCCAAGAUGGAAGGUGGCUUGCAUCAGGGUCCAACGAUCACACUAUCAGAAUCUGGGACCCGGUCGCUGGGCGGUGUAUAUCGACCCUCAAAGGACAUAGCGAUUGCGUCACAUCGAUUAAGUGGUCCCAAGAUGGAAGCUGGCUUGCCUCAGUCUCAGAUGAUGAGACCGUCAGGAUCUGGGACCCAGCAAUCGGGCAGUGUAUAUCGACAUCCACUAUCGAAGGGUACAGGGACAGUGAAACAUCGAUUGUGUCUUCGCGAGAUAGAAGUCGGCUCGCAUCAGCAACGUAUGAUAACACUAUCAAAAUCUGGAACCUGGAUGCUAGGCGGUGUGUAUCAACCUUCAAAGGACAUAGCCAGUGGAUCACAUCGAUUACAUGGUCCCAAGAUGGAAGAUGGCUAGCAUCAGGGUCAAUCGAUAAGACCAUCAAGAUCUGGGACCUAUGGACCAAGCGGUGCAUAUCGACACUCAGUGGGCAUAGCAGCUCAAUCUUAUCAACUGCUUGGUCUCGGGAUAACAAGUACCUCGCGUCAGGAUCAAUCCUGGAGAAAACGAUUAAGAUCUGGGACCUAGCAACUGGGCGGUGCACAUUCACACUUGGGGGACACAGAACCUCAAUUUUGUCGAUUGCCUGGUCUUCGGAUGGAAACCGGCUCGCAUCGGGGUCAGGUGAUGGAAGAGUCAUGAUCUGGAACCCAAACACCGGACAACGUAUAGGGACUCUUCAGGGACAUAACUCUUCAAUUUCAUCGAUAGAGUGGUCCCGGGAUGGAAGCCAGCUCGCAUCAGGGUCAGAUGAUAAAACAAUUAGGAUCUGGGAUCCGGCGACUAAGCAGGGCAUAUCAACACUGAAGCGGCAUGAGUACCCAGUCUCAUUUGUUGCCUGGUCUCAAGACGGAAGCCGGCUUGCAUCAGCAGCAGGUGAUGGGAUAGUCAUGAUCUGGAACCCAGACACUGGUCGGGGUAUAUCGACUCUGGAGGGACAUAGUGAAAUACUUUCAUCUUUUGUCUGGUCUCGGGAUGGAAGCCGAGUCGCCUCAGUGUCAGAUGGUUAUAAUAUCAGAAUUUGGGACACAGUUACUGGACGGUGUAUAUUGACACUCUGGGGGCAUAUCGAUGACAGGGUCUUGACAAUUUCCUGGUCUGGGGAUGGAAGCCAGCUCGCAUCAGGAUCAAGUGAUGGGAGAAUCAGGACCUGGAACCUAUCCAACGGGUGGUGUAUAUCGACCCUCGAGGGACAUAUGGACUCAGUCUCGUCAAUUUCCUGGUCCGGGGACGGAAGCAAACUCGCAUCAGGGUCAAAUGAUGGGACAAUCAGGAUUUGGGAUCUCGCCACAGAAAGGUGUGCGUCAACUCUUGAGGUCAGAUCUCUUCAUGGUCUUCGCUUUGAUGAGGUGAAUAUGCAUCAUCUGCAUACCGAUGUUGGUGUGUUUGAUUUGAGGUCAUCUGCCCUUCUUCCGACCUCACUUGAACAUGUGCCCCCUCAGCCAGAGCAAGGAGUCUACGGCUCCAACAAUGAUCGCACCUGGAUAACCUUUGGAGGAGAAAAUAUUCUGCGGAUACCUUCAGAGUAUCAGCCACGCUGUUUGUCUUUCUUCGCUAAACAUGAAACAACAACAGUGGCAAUUGGCUGCUCCACGGGUCAUGUAUUGUUCUUAACCCUGUCAAACGAUAACCCGAUCUCAUACCUCACCAGGCGUCACAAUAAUUACUGGAGAAGCGUUUGA